GACGCACUGUGAGCAGAGAGAGAGAGAGAGAGAGGAGGAGGAGGAGAAGGGGAAAGAGUUGGUGGUGAGAUCGAUGAAGUGGCAGGCAGAGGGAAGAGGAGGAGGAGGAGGAAAAUCUCACGAGAUAAUGAAAGAAAAAGAGGAGCGCUGCUAGUGCGGAGCGGAAAACACGAGGAGAAACCCGGAGAUUUUUUUCUUUUUUCGUGGAAGGAAACAAAGACCCUUGAAUUGAAAUAACGCAAAAAUAAAAACCAAAAGGGAGGUAAAGGAGAGGCAGAGUUGGAUGCUGUUUUGCGCUCUGGCUUCGGUGAAGGCUGCACCCCGGGGCGCAGCGGAGCGGUUGGCUGAAUCUGCAGGGCUGCUCAGACGGAGAGAUGCUCAGAACGCACGACAGCCGCGGACGCGCUUUGAGACGCGGAUAAUAAAAGGAAUUAAAGCGCCGUGGACCACAGCUGAGCACCAAAGACGCACGCGGCGUGCAGAUGCACAAGUGAGAAUCCAAAAAGAAAGGAGGAAAAAGCCGGCCACGGGGCGCCAUGCCGCUGCAAACUGCCUUUUGGGGAGUUUGAGGGACUUUGAAAACACUACUUAACGUUAUCAGAUAAUUAAUUAGACACCCCAUAAGCCCGGAAAUCAAUUAAUUCACAAAUCAAUAAAUCCAUAGUCUGGUGUAACAAGAGACCUUCCAGACUGUUGGUCUGGCUGUUCAACAACAUUAACAAGAGAAGAGCACAAUAAGGCAGGAAAUAGGCUUUUUAUUUGUUGAAUUUGAAGAUGGAUGGGGGUCUAGGGGAGAUGUCCCUGCACAGCCACGCUGAUCUGGCCCACAGCCAGGACGGCAGGGCCAUGCUGCACUCCCGGGACCUCUCGGCCGCCUUCCCCAGGCCCUCCCUGGGGGGGUCCUCCAUGUCUCUGGAACUGGAUCCUCGUCCGACCAGCUUUGACCACUCCAUGUCUGCGCUGGGCUACAGCGGCGACUCCCCGUCCAGCUCCAGCAGCACCUACACCACCCUGACCCCCCUGCAGCCCUUCGAUGACAAGUUCCACCACCACCACCAUCACCACCACCCCUGCCUCCCGGUCAGCAACGUCAUUGGGAGCUUCACCCUCAUGCGUGAGGAGCGAGGCCUCGGCACCAACUUCUACAACCCCUACGGGAAGGAGGUGGCCAUGUCCCAAACCCUCUCGCCCCCCUCUGCCGGCUCAGGCCUGAGCCCCCCCAUGCACGGUUACGGCAGUCUGGGCAACAGUCCCAAUGGGAAUGGAGGUCAAAUGCUACACACUGGCUACGACGUCCACGGAGGAAGCCUCUUCUGCCGGACAUCGGAUUUUGCCAGGGAGAUGUCCCCCCCAGGCCUCGGGGGAGGCGACGUGUCCGUGGGCCAUCAGCUGAACAAGAUGGAGGCUCACCAGCACACCCCCAGCCACCACCCUCACAUCUACGCCCAGCACUACCAGCCCCACCACCACCCAAGCCAGCAAGCCUCCAAGAUGGGCGAUCACCUGCACUCGUCGUCGUCCGCCGCCUCCUCGCCCGGCGAGGGCAUGCUGGCGGGCUCCCAGGGCGGCGGGGGCAGCGGUGGAGAGGAGAUCAACACCAGGGACGUGGCCCAGAGGAUCAUCACUGAGCUGAAGAGGUACAGCAUCCCCCAGGCCAUCUUUGCAGAGAGGGUUCUGUGUAGGUCACAGGGCACCCUGUCUGACCUCCUGAGGAACCCCAAGCCCUGGGGCAAGCUCAAGUCUGGCCGCGAGACCUUCAAGAGGAUGUCCCGCUGGCUGCAGGAGCCAGAGUUUCAAAGGAUGGCCUCGCUCCGGCUGGAGGCCUGCAAGCGCAAGGAGCAGGAGCAGAGCAAGAUGGAGCGCAACCAGGGCCCAAAGCGCACCAGGCUGGUCUUCACGGACCUGCAGCGCCGCACGCUCAUGGCCAUCUUCAGGGAGAACCACCGCCCCACCAAGGAGCUGCAGGUCACCAUCUCCCAGCAGCUCGGCCUGGAGCUCUCCACCGUCAGCAACUUCUUCAUGAACGCCCGUCGACGCAACCUCAACAAGUGGGCCGACGAGGGCCGCCCGUCCUCCACGGGUUCUUCGGGCUCCAGCGCCUCCUCCUCUGCAGUGUCCUGCAGCACUGCGUGAUGUCGGGUGGCGCGUUGGGGAGGGCGCUGAGGGAGCAAGGAGGCACAUAGACUGGUCUAGGCAGAGAUCAGCCGUAACAAAUGUCCUCCUCGUUACAGAAGGAGUGACGGAACAAGCUGGCGUAGAUGAUUUUAUCAAGAAGAAGAAGAUGAAGCAUUUUCUAAACCAAAGUUGAUUGCCUGCUUGAAACAAAGCAGAGCGAUGCCUAGGGUGAGACAAAUGCGGGAUAAGAGGUCCUGCUUGUAUAGUCGAUGGUGCAAAGAUGAUCUGACUCAGAGAAGGAGUCACACCUUCACAUAAACGCCAUCUCAUUGUGCUAUUUUAAGUGUUUAGAGUAGAGCUAAUGAGGGUUUAACAAAUCAGGAGGACCCAUAUUUUAAUGUUCCUUCAGAUUUAUGUCAUCUCUCCAAGUGUGAAGAAUCAAGAGAUGCCAUUUGCUCACAUUUGGAGAGCUCCAUCGUAUAACUUUUAACCAAAAAAGUGUUCAUCAUCCAAAGACAUUUCCUCCAUAUUAGUAUGAUUUCGUUUUUUUCUCCUCAAGAAUCAAAACAGAAGAAGAGGAAAAGCCUUUUUUUUUUUUAUUUUAAAAAACACUUUUUUGUUCUUUUCGUGUUUCCAUGGUGAUGGUUCCCAGGAUGGCGCUGCUCCAAGUUUGGAGCCCGGAAUAAUCAGGAGGGUCCUGUAGCGUCUGCGAAUCCCAGCUGUCAAUCAUUUACCGUCCACAGGAGCAUUUCUGUUUGUUUCCCAAAAUGGCCCCCGCCUUGAAUGAAUCAAGAGGUUUCAAGGGUGGGGGGAGCUGCAGUGCAUCUCGACAUACGCCAGGACAGAAUCAAUAACCACAAGUGGGACGCAGAACCGGACUUGUUGGUGCAACCGAUUAGCUUUAAGACUCUGACGGAGCUUCAAAAAAUAAAAGCUCGACAGCCAUUUUUCUUUUUUUUUGGACUCAAAAUCAAGCGUAAAGAAAUACAAAGAAAUUUGGGAGAAACCUUUGGGGAAGAGGUUCGCCUGACGGUGUAGAGUUACAUAGUAUUUUUUUCCGAGUCAUUUCCAAAGUAACUGUACACACCUCUGCUCCAUUCUGAAGGCUUUUUUUACAGAUGUCUAGAAAAUGGAGGAAUGUGAUUCUUUCUGCCCUUUUUGUACAGAUUUCAAGCACAUCGCUCUAUUUAUAGAAACGUGUUGUAAGCGCGGGGCAGUUUGUUUUAGCCCUGCUGACGUACAAGGUCAUUUUUUUGGUCCACAAAGGAACGGCUUUAACACGCCUCCUUUUAGCCAACACUUCAAUCAACCACAGAAUGUUUCAAAUGCAAUUGUUGAUCUGAUCAUCCUAUUUAUUUCUGUAUUUAUUGUUUUCCUAUUUUUCGUUUUCUACCCUCCCUAUUUAUUUGGUAAUUUAUUUAUGCUAUCUAUAUACUGUAAGUAUUUAUUUAAUAAUGCUCUGUAUGUCUGUGUGAAACUGAAGACUUUUUUCUGAUGGGGACUUUUAGCUGUAGAAUCCCAUCGUAAUACCAAAGAUUAACAUUGCCUCCCUGAAUGUACGGCCUGAAUCCCUGAACCUGAUCCGUCCCGAUCCAACCCGUGUUGUUGCGUAUCUCUAUCUUAAAGGCCUGGCCUCUUUGUUUUUGGUUUUCAUUUUGGUUGUUUUUUCGUAGAAUAAGGGGGAAUUCCUGCAAAUGUCUCUGCUGUCAGCUCUUAAUGCCAAGGCCUAAGCUUGUUUGAAUGUUGUGAUAAUAUAUAUUAAUUAUUAUUAAUACUAUGAAUAAUAAUGACAAUAAUUAUGAUGUGGCAUCCCAUUGUUUCACGAGUUGCUUGUAAAGUUUUGUUCAGACUGAUGCCGCCCAGCAGAGCGCGUAACCCCGUUCGGGGGACCCUCCCACGUCGAGGGCGAGUCUGUGAAGGUCGCACGCCAACAUGCGUACUGUGUCUGCUUGGCUACAAAUGCAUGGUCGUGAUCACCAUCUCCCUCCUCCCCAGUGCAGUGCAGACACCUCUGUCUACGUCCGCCUCAGUGUGACCAUUGUCCACAUGCCAAGCUCUUCUGCCAGUUGUCUCAGUUCCAAGAUGCUUCUAAUGGUCCGCCUCUGCAGCUUUGUGUGUAGUUUGGAGGGAUCAAUCCUGUUUUUUUAGGGUUGAUUAUUUCCAUCUGGUCUUAGGAAUCGGUUCUGGUUUCGUUGAGACCUUUAAUCUUUGGUAUUGUGCCUCUUGAUGCUCAGAUUUGGUUUUAUUCUCAAUUGCUUCUUAAGCUACAAAAGUUUCAUGGAUCAUUUGUUUGUUGAAGGUUUUCCGAGCAGUUUGCAUAGCACAAAGGUUUCUUUUUUUUAUAGAAGAGGAUUGUAAAUCUAGAGCUUCUGCUUCUCGGCCCAAAUUUAAGUGCUGCCGAGGUGAAGUGAGGGAAACACGGUUUCAGUUUCUGGCUAAAAAUGUUCUCUUUUUUCCGUCUUUAGCGUCGGGUGGGGGCGUAUGCCUAUAGCCCCCUUUACAACAUGGACUUGAAAGAUGAGCGGUCAUGAAAGGGGCCAUCGACUUUUUCUCUGACUUCAAAAGGCGAGACUUUUUUUUAUCCCAUCUCCUUUCUGGGUAUCUGGUCUGGGGUCUGCUGUUGGCCAGACCUGUGGGCUUCAGGGGGCAUUCAAAAGGGGGGAGAUCAGAGAGGAGGGUGCAUCAUCCAGGAUGAGGAUGGUGGUGAAGUGUGUAUGUGUAGAGGUGGAAGAGGGGGUUGUUGUUUGAGGAGUUGUGGGGCACGGAGCUGAAUUAAACUUUAAUGAGUAACAAUUGUAAGCAUGCUGAGAGCAAAGGGGGGGCGGUGGCAGGGGUGAGCAGUUGAGUCUGUAGAGGGGUGAAAAAAUUAAAAAUAAAAGAGCUGGGAGGCUGUUUUGUCGACCCCUGCUCAUUGUAUCAAAGCCGAGGUGACACCUUUCAGGCUUCCCUUUGUCUCUCCGACUGGGGGCCUAAAAUGGAGACUUUUUGUUUGGAGCCACCUUCUGCUCCGUGUCAAGCAGGACAGCUCCAGCUUAGGAAAGCAGGAGGACAAGUGACUACAUUUGGGAGCUGCAGGUGAUCCGCGUAGCCAUUUUUAGCCUGCGGCACCCCCUAGUGACUCGACUGGCAGCUGAGUGAAAUGCUCAACUGAAAGCGGAUGUAUUCUUUCAGAAUAAAAGCUAAAAAAGACCAAAAAAAAUUUUUUUUUAAUGUUCAAAUGAAAAAAUAAAUAAAUAAAACAACCAAAGAUGGAGUGAUGGGUAACUGCUGAAUCAUCAUGUAUUCUAGGUAGUUUUAGCAGUUCACUGUCAGAUCUACCGUAGCACUCAGAGGAUUCAAACAAGCACCAGUGGGAUUCCGCGUGCUGAUUAUUUAUGUUACAUAAAACACGGUUGUGUUGAGCUGGAACUGAGAAACUGACAUUGGGCAUUGUCUACAAAUGGAAGUCUCUUGUCCCUGUUCUCCCAGUGUCUCUAUGUCUAUCCCUGCGUUCUCCCAGUGUGAACAUGAAGACUUUACCCAUCUACCUCAACUGUGUGAGAUGUCGUGUGGCAAAGAUAUUCCUUAACCAAAGAAUCCGUCCUGUCAGGGUGUCUGUUUAUCUAUCUAUCUUGUCUGUACAUCCGUCUUUUCUUCAUGCCUUUUGCUCCAAACCAAAUGUGCUGGAAACAAUCCGUACCCGGAGCCAAACAAGGCUUCCGUCCAGCCAAAGCUUUACUUCAGCACGUUCGAGUCCCAUUGAUUCAUGUUCUGUAUAUAGAAAUCAUUCUCAAGACCAAAAAAAAACAUAGGAGGUGACAAUCCAAGCAAGGAGGAUCUUGCUGUAAUCAACGUUGCCUGCUCCUUAUUUUGCAAAAAGCAAGAAUUCCCUAACUUGCAGAAAAAAAGCCCAAGAAUUCAUCCUGAUAUGAUAAAGGUCAGAGGAGACAAAAGCUAUUUUUCCACAUUUGUAAGCCAUCCCCUACCAUCCCUGUUAUUUCCAGAUGUUUAGUGUAGUUGAAAUACUGUUUGAUCCCACUGUUGUAAGUAGGAAUUUAAGAAAUCCACACAGAAAGCUUUAAAGGGGGACGAGCUGAGGCAAAUGUUUGACUGAGUUUGAGUUUUCUCAGCUUGGACUCGACCCACCGUGCUUUACCGUGCCAUUCUUGUCCAAAUGUGUUAGACAUACCAAUGAAUGUGGCUAACCAACCAAAGGCUUUAAAAAAAAAUAAAAAGGUACACAACACUUUAAACAUCAAUCAUGGUGGGGCAUUUUGUAUCAACAACUAAAGAAAAUCCCUUUGAAUACCUCAUGUGAAAAUUGUUUGUUGUGAUGUUGCACUAAAAAAUAAAAAUGACUCAUUUGUAACCCA